GUGAAGCGAUGGGAGACGAUUUAGGAGACGAGUGGUGGGUUCAAAGCCAAAAUGCAGGUGGCUCAGAGGUAAAGGAGGAUACAGAUCAAACACUUCCAGCAGCACCAGCAUCAGAGCCCACAGAGAAACCAGUAAAGAAAAGAAAACUUCAAACACAAAAGCCAGAAAAAGCCAAGAAAAAGAAGACAGCACAGAAAGAAUGCUUCAUCACAAAAGAGAAAACCAAACCGGAGGAAGAUGGAGAUGCCAAAAAGCCCAAGAAAAGACGGAAGAAGAAGACCAUCACAGAUGUGUUGGCGAGCUCUGAACAAGCACCUGGCUCUCCAGAUGACCUAAGGAACCUGCUGCAGAGCCAUUUCAAUGCCACACGAUCUGUUAUCGAACUAGAGGAGCUCAAUCUGCCAGAGUCCUGUUUCCUGAUGAACAAUGACCUCACACACAGCCUGUCGUCCUACCUCAAAGAAGUUUGUCCUAAAUGGGCUAAAGUACAGAAGCAGCACACACAGAAAAGCUCGGUCUUACUGCUCAUCGUCUGUGGCUCCGCCCUGAGAACCAUCCAGCUCAUCAAACAGCUGACUACAUUUAAAGGCGAGGCAAAAGUUCUAAAGCUCUUCGCAAAACACAUCAAAAUUGAGGAUCAGAUAAAGCUGCUGAGUAAAAGUGUGUCUCACGUUGGCGUGGGCACUCCUGGCAGAGUGAGCUCCCUGAUACAGAAAGAUGGACUGAGCCUGCAGGGUCUGCGAUAUCUAAUACUGGACUGGAACUACAGAGAUCAGAAACAGAGAAGGAUGAUGGAUAUACCAGAGGUGAAGUCAGAGGUUCUGAAGCUGAUGGAUAGUGGCAUUAUUAAGAAGUGCCAGGAAGAUGUUAAAAUAGGACUGUUCUAAUUUUGUACUGUCGUCAGUCGUUCUGUGCAAACACCGCCGCACUGCAUCUGUUCUUUAUUCUCACACACACACACACUAUCUGGCCAAAAGUCUGUGUACACCCCAAUUAUAUGCUUUUAAUUUAGGGAAGGUCUUUUCUCGUUCCAGCUGAACUGUACCUCUUACACAGAGGUCUGUAAAGAUAUGGUUGUACAAGUGUAUUGUGGUGAAUUUUUAAUGGUGUGAACCUUUGACUUUGGGGUGAACUGGAACAUCAAUUGCCAGGCAUUCUCAUUAAACAUCAGUGCCUGACUGACUGGGCUCAAAUUCUUCAACACACUCUGAAAUCUGGUGGAAAGCUUUCUGAGUGGAGGUUUUGUAGCCACGCCUGGGGAAGGCAACUCCAUAUGAAUGUUUUUAGAAUGGGAAGUCCAACAAGUUCCUCGUUGUGUGUCCACAUACUUUUGACCAUAUUGUAUGUUUUAGUUUCUUGUAAAUAGCCAGCUGUGUGUGUAUGGUUAAAGUAAAUGAAUAUACAGCAGUUCAGAUCUACAAAUAAACUGUUCUGACCCAUCAGAGGUGGCUAAAUGUAAACAGAUUAACAACCUGAGAAGUUGCAAUUUAUUUGCUGUUAAAAUAUCAAACCUGUUAACAGAUCAGUAUCUGCUAUCAAUCUGAGGAACACUGGGAACAGACAACAAUUGUAAUGGUACACCAUACAUUAACAUUAUAAAUAAU